AUGGAUGGUCAUGAUUCUGUUUGGUUGUUAUGUGAUCGACUGAGAGCUGAAAAGUUACUUGUUUCUAGUGAGGUUACAUCUCUUCGUGAUUUACAUAUUACCCUUGAGCGCAAGCUCACUGAUCUCGGCUCUCUAUCAUGGAUGAACCGGCAUUAUCAAAUAAUCCUAUCACGUCUGUUGAGUUCGCAUGCCUUAGUUUCACCGGAAAACACUGCCGCUAUAGCGUCCAAGCUUGAAGCUGUCGAAGUUGUCGAAGCAUACAAACGUCUAGGAUAUCACCACUCCGAAGUAGCUCGAGGACUUCAGCUUCUGCUGUCGUCUCCUAAGAGUGUUGCUGAGCUAUUGCAUUCAGUUGACGGGUCUCAAACGAUAUCCACUGAAGAUGCAGUGCAAUCCAUGUUUUCGCUGAUAUAUGGGAAUGGGAUCUUUCCAUCGGAUGAGAAGAUCAUCUUAGAAGUUUUAACUCAUUUAGUUAAAGUUCAACUCGUGUGUGCGAAUGACCCUCGUCUUAUAUUGAGAAAAGGUAACGCUGCAUUCCCUAGGCUCUACAGAUUAUUCAGUGAAUCUCUGUUCACGUCGAAGAUCUUUCUCACGUCGGCUUUACAUGAUUCGGUUAUGCUUGUCCUCUGUCAGGAUGAUAUCUUCCUUGAUAUUGACCCUUCGAAGUCUGUUUUACGCUUUCCUAUGGUAGAGCGGGUUCGACGGUUCGGGGAUGAUCCCACAAGUUCUUUAUAUCAUAAGAAAGUCGCAGCACAUCGAAAGAUUAUUGUUGAAAAACUUGUUCUGCUUGCUCAUAAUUUUAUCAAAGGCAUCUGUGAUUCUCUUAAUAUUUUCCCUGCAAGUUUGAUUUAUUUGGUCAAAGAGCUGCACAUGUCUCUGGUCAACCGAGGACUGAGUGAUAGUGAGGUUAUGCUGAUUUGCUCUGAUCUCAUUGUCACUAACCUGAUUUGUCCCGCUAUUGCUAAUCCGGAAACGAUCGGUAUUAUAAGUGAUACUCCAAUCAGUCAUAUAGCCCGGUUCAAUCUCAUGCAAAUUGGCCAGAUUAUUCAAACCUUGGUGCUCAGCAGGCAUGAAGCACCACCUCCCCACUUCCACAUUUUCGCUACCCAAUUUCGUGAUAGUCAAAUAUCUACUAUUGUUGAAACUCUUCUUGCUAAGCCAACUCCUUCCUUGGAUUCCCUUUUUCCUGUCUUAUUAGCCGGAUCCAAUCGCACACAUGAGUUGUUUUGUCGCCAGCAUUUUAUGGGAUCAUUGUUCGAAGUUAAUGUAUUGUUAUCCAUUUUACAAGAUGGAAUCGUCGAGAACAUCAGCUCUGCUAGCAUCAGAGAUGAUCUUAGCUUCAUUGGAAAAAAACUGCCCAAUAGUUUCACUUCUGGGCUCCCAGCCGCUGAUGUUACUCCACCCUCUCAACAAACAGGAAGUCGUUUAAGGAAUUUCAGAGAUAAAGUUCAAACCUCUCUAAAUGCUAGCUCGCCACAAAAAAACACAUCACCUAUUAAAAGUGCCUCAGCCACAGUUCAAGAACAAUCCACGCAGUUAUCCAAGGAGUAUUUCGAUCUAGUAUUGUUCAUUAAUGAAUCUAAUGGGGAAAGGAUAGGUUUAAUCGCGGAGGAAACGUAUAUGGAAAGUAUUGGAAAAGAUACAAACAAACGCAGCCGCAAAGGAAAGGAAAAGAGAGCUCGUUUUGUAGAGACCAGUAGCAUAGUUGGAUCAGCGAUAUCUGACAGAACAACGGAUCACGCAUCAGAUUUAGAAGAAGAAACUGCUGAUGAAGUAGCAUCAGUUUCUAGCAGUCAGGAAGCUCCACAGGAAGAUAAGCUUCUUUUGAUGGAAGAAGAUAAUGCAUCAACAUUGCCUGAUAACGUUUCGGAUGUUGGUGGAAUGAGUGGACGAGGAUCUCCUAGCCUAAGUGGAAGAGAUACUCCCCUUAGUCAAUUGAAUAGAGAUAACGAGGCCAUGGAGCAAGAAGGUGAUAUAGCUACAGCUUCUAUUUCUGCUGGAGUUGCUGCAGUGAGCUUAGAACAACGUGAUUUGCCUUCAGUCCCUAUUGCUGUUCGAAAGGAAAACGCUGAAGGUCUUGAAGAGAAAUUCGGAAAGUUCACAGUUCCUACAUCAGAUCAGAAUCGUACUUAUCGAGAUGAUCAACGUUCACUUUUGUCGGAUAGUUGGUCUACGAAUGUUGUGGCUUCCGACGAUGAAACAUCUGCACCAGUCCCUCCCCUUCCACAAUUACCACCUCUUGAUAUUGAUAAUAAUAGAGCUGCACGUGCAGUUAACAGAACAAGCUCAGUAGGGGGUGGUAAUCUAGGAGAAGAUCGUAGUGAUACUUGGUCACUCGAUGCCAUUGCGAGUGAUUCAGAAGCAGAUGGAGGUAGAGAACGAGAGCGCCAAGUUCGAGAUAUUCAAGAAGACGUUCAAGAACGUGAGCGAGCAGAAGCUAAUCAAGCAGAACUGAUUGCUGCCGUACAGUUCAUAGACGUCACGUCUGGAGAUAGGAUGAGACGGCAAAGUAGUGGAAGUUCCUUCAGCUAUUCAAGAAGUGAUGUUGGUUCCGAGAGAGAUCAUGAGGAGGAAAGACAAAAUGUUCCUCCUUUGCCAGCUAAACCUCCCGUUUUCCGUAACUCUUCCAAUGAGCCUCGAUCGAACGACUCACGCUCAAUACAUUCUUCUCCUGUCAGUAGAGAUCGUCCACCAAUAGAAGUGAGUGUCCCAGGUCCAUCCAGGGUCGAUGUAGGUCCGCCGAAACGCACUCUAGGCAUAUUUCAAGGCCUCCAGAAAGUUGGAGAUAAAGUUAGAAAAGGUAUUGCCAGCACUCCACUCCGCCAACUUCCUCACUCUUCGACUCUUUCGGAUUUGUUCGGUGAUAACAGCGUAAGCAGUAAUCAGGCACCAGGAUUAUCCAGUAGCCGUAGUGAAAAUCGCUUGGCUGAUAUGGACCGCUUAGCAGACGACAUUUUGGCCAAAUAUCAGAAACAGUCACCGUCAGUUCUAAUAGAUGUGUCCGAUGAAGUAAGGGUCGACCCUACUUCUAGUAUAACUCGUGAGGAAAUUGAAGACAAUACUCCUUAUUAUUGUCCUGAGAAGCUUUCUCAGUGCAGAGCCUUUUUGGAUGCUAAAAGAAAGUUGAGAUUAGUGCUCAGUAGCGCCGGAGGGUUACCUAGUGUUGAGCUUUCCAAGGAAGAAAAAGAAAGAAGUGGUAAUGAUCGUGAUCAAUUGACUGGGCUUCUUCGUACUUUAUUGGCUGAAGCAAUUAAUGGACGACAGCAAGUUUUAUCUGCUCAUAUCAGAGAAGUCAUGAGGUGUAUCCAAGUCUUCGAUUCUAAGGGAAUACGGAAACUGCUGAAGACACUUCGUGAAGAACACAGAAGAAGAACUUCUUAUGUUACGUACCUUCAAAACUCGAGGCUGACAUUACUGAGAUUGACUAGCUAUCUCGACAGACUAUCUUCUAGAAUAGCCAGAGAGAGAAACCUGACUUCUGAUUGCUUGGUAGACGUGCUCAUUCGUUUCUAUCUGGAGAACAAAGAUAGUUCUGUUCGAGUUUUCAUUCAUGAUUUCUCUACACUAAAAGCUCAGGAUGAGAAAAUCGAAGCUCUAACGAAGACUUUGAACCAUUUAUACACAAGAAUGACAAAAUCUAGCAUGUGGAGUGAUUCGCCCACUUCAAUGCUCACAUAUUCUCGUCUAGCUCUCGAGAGAGUUCUCAUGGCUCAUAUACAUGUAACAGCAUUCUACCCUAAUCACGAGGCGGAUCGUCAUCGCGAUGAUCUCUUCCAGAAAGCUGCCUCCCGGUUGGCACGUACAAUCACCCCAGAUCAUCCCAUGUUAAGGAUACCUAGAGUUCUUCACGGAGAAGCUCCUUGGCCGUCGGCACAAGCAGAAAUCAACGUUAUCAAUGCUUAUAAAGCCGCAAAAGAUAAGUUAGCUUGUAUAGUGAGAUGUUGCGAAACAAUCAGUAAUCUAGUUUCUAUGGCGCCUGGUGUAGGUGCGGCAGCGGCUGAUGAUGUGACACCCGUUUUGGUUUACGUCUUGAUACAGGCAAAUCCACCAGCGUUAUUUUCCAACUUACAAUACAUUCAAAGCUUCUGUUUCUUGGAAGGAGCUGAGGGCUACUGGUUCACUCAGUUCACUGCUGCAAUUGAAGUCAUCAAAACUUUACUGUAA